AUUGGAAUCAGGCUUAUAUGACACGCAACCCCGGUUACACAAUUAUAAUCAACUGGCUAAAAACGCGAACCUUAAAUUACGGGAAAUUCAAGAUUAAAGGAGGAAACUGAUGCCAAAACCAAGGUAAAUAAUUUGCAAAGACAAAGCUGAACAUCGUUACAUUGGCCAUACUAUCUCUGCUCCAGUCUAUACGGGUAAACCGCAAGCAAGAUGGGAGAAGAAGAGGAUGGUUACGUCAUAAGAGCCAGGGGUCUGCCCUGGAGCACCACCGCAGAGGAGGUGAUGGAUUUCUUUGAAGAUUGCAACAUCCUUGGUGCGCCAGACAGCAUCAAGUUCAUCUUCAACAGUUCCGGAAGACCUUCAGGAGAGUGCUUUGUGGAGUUUGACUCUGAAGGUGACUUUCAGCAGGCAAUGAAGAAAGACAAGAACUAUUUACAGAAGAGAUACAUAGAGCUAUUCAAAUCUAAGAGAAGUGAAAUGGAAUGGGUCACAAAUCGCAACAGUGGCGGAGCAGACGGAGGCGAGGGUCUAGUCAAACUUAGAGGGCUUCCUUUCAGCUGUUCAAAGGAAGAGAUCGCAGAGUUCUUCAGCGGGUUGACGAUUCAAGCGAAUGGGAUUACACUGCCUUCGGACAACGAUGGGCGCAGGACGGGAGAAGCCUUUGUGCUGUUUGCAUCAAAGGAAAUCGCUGAAAAGGCUUUAAAGAAACACAAGUCACAUAUGGGGCACAGGUACAUCGAAGUCUUCAAAAGUUUCCCAGAUGAGCUUCGGAGAGCUACCAACCCCACCCGAGGCGGGCGGGGCGGCAUGAACCGACCUGGCCCCUAUGACAGAUACUCCGGUGGUCGAGGUGAUGGCUUCUCUCGUGGUGGUCGGGGAAGGAACUCUGGCUUUGAGAGGCGAUACGGGGGCGGCGGUGGAGGCUAUGACGAUGAGUUCAACUAUGGGUUCGGAGGCUACGGCGGCGGCAGCGAGGGUGGAUACGGAGGAGGAGGAGGAGGAGGGUUUGGAGGAGGAAGGAGUGGUCGAGGAGGGGGAGGAGGGGGAGGAGGAUGGGGUGGAAACCCCCAACCCCUGUUCCCAAGAGGCAGAGGUGAUUACAGACGAGGCGGAAGAGGAGGGGGAGGAGGUGGCAGAGGAGGUGACAUGGGAGGAGGUGGAGAUUUUAUAUCUGAUACGGGCUAUUCAGUUCACAUGAGGGGGUUACCAUUCAGCGUCACAGAGCAAGAUAUCAAAGAGUUCUUCCAUGGAAGUGCCACGCCCUCCAACGUCGUCAUCCAUGAUAUCAACGGCAAACGCAACGGUUUCGCCGCCGUCGACUUCCGAACUCACGACGAGGCCAAGGCAGCCAUGAAGAAGGAUAAGAACAACAUCGGCAGCCGCUACAUCGAGCUAUUCCUUCAUUCCAGUGAAGAAGAGGGAGGAGGAGGAGGAGGUGGUGGUGGUGGAAGAGGUUUCGGCUCCUCUGGAGGCGGGAGCGGCGGUGGUUACUCAGGUGGUUACAGUGGAAGGGGUCGUGGCGGUGGUGGUAGUAGUGGAGGUGGGGGCUACAGGGAUUCCCAGAUGGGUGGUUACAGCGGCGGUGGUGGUGGAAGUGGUGGUUAUGGUGGUGGCGGCGGAGGUAGUGGAGGCUUCUACGGUUCAGGUGGCGGAGGAGGUGGUGGCAACAGCUAUGGUGGGGGCUAUUAGGACCCUGCCACACCCGAUCUCAUGCUCCCAGCAACAUCACUUUCACAUCUGUACCCCAUACAUGUAUUAUUUAAUGGGGCACCGAAUUCUCUGUGUUUAAUGCAACUUCUGUAGUUAAUUUACCCAUCCACACUGUUAGGUUCCGUGCUGUAGAUGAUCUUGCAGUAGACAUUAUAUCAUGUUGUAAUUUGAAUAUGUGUUGAUAUAAGAUGCGGUAUAUUCAACACAUACAUAAACAUUUAAACUUAGGAAACCCUGCAAAAAUAUAUUUGGAUUCAUGUUAUUAGCUGUCCAACAUAUCAGCAUAGAUAUCGCCUUCACUCCUUUUGUAACUUUAUUUUUCCCUUUUUAAAAAAAAUAGCUUUUAUAGGAUUCAUAGGCUGCAAGUAAGAAUAUUCGCUCAUUAUUAAUAUGCUUAUAACAAUUAUGUUCUAGCAGUUUUUACUGGCAUUCUUUACUAGUAAGUUUGUAAUUUCAAAUUAUGUAAUUGUUAAUAAUCUUACCAGUGAAACAUGUUAAGAAAUUCGAAAGUAAAUGACUCAUAGAAGAAAGGAGAGAGAGAGUAGACUCAGAAAUUUUGCUAAAUCCUUUGAAAUUCAAAAAAUUUUCUUUUUAAUUCUAAAAUUAAUGCGUAUAUUGACUGUCUGGCCAAAGAGGUUUUUGGUUGUUUUUAACCAUGUACAGAAUAUUUUAUUUGUUUUUCUAACGUCUAGUCAUUUCAUAUCUAUAAUUUAUUUAACGUGCAUUCACUCCAGUGCCACAUGAUCCAAGAUCCACCCUUAAAAAUAUCCUGCAGUUUAGAGAGAUAUUAUGCGCAUGUAUGUAUGCAUGUAUUCAUUCAAUAUUUUGGACAGAUGAUUCAUAACAUUAUAAAACCCAAGUAUUAAUUCUGAUGCUGUACUUUGAGCAAAUAAGUGAUGAAGGGAGAUAAGUUUUUGACCGUGUCAAGAAUAGUUUGUAAAUAUUUCUGCCUUUGAAUGAAUGUAUUCUGACUCUCAUUCUAUGAAUGCAUCUUUAGAUGACUUGUUUAAAGGUUGUUUUGGGGAUGUGUAUUCUAAUUUGCAUGGAGAUCAUGUUGUCCUUAAUAUUUUCAUGUACAUAUAUUAUAUGUCAUUUGAAAUUGUUGACUUGUGUCUCGUUUUGUAUCGUUUUAAUUUUGAUAAAGUUGUGUUAUCGUUGUCAUUUACAUCAGAAAAAUUAAUGGUGAUAGUAUGCAUAUUUGAUCAUUUAGUUUACUUAUAAUGGACAUGUAAUCUAACGAUAUUAACUAUAAGUUGCACAAACAACAUCGAUUCAAAUUGCCAAUGAGCUGUACAAAAUUAUUGUCACUAUUAUAUCUGUGAUCUGUAAUAUAUGAUCACUAAUUUGAGAGUUUGAGAUGAAAUAGUUGAUAGAUUGGUAUAUCACAUAUCGCGUUUAACCUGCCUAAGAGUAGGAAUGCUGGGAAAUAAUACUGUCAAAUUGUUACGCUAAGUUUGGAAUGUCACAAUUUUACAGUUAAAAUUAAACUUUGUUCAUAUUCCUGUUCAAUUAACAGUGUAUUCUCAAUCACCAUUAUGUUCCCAAAGAUAAAAGUAGUUAUGGACAGAUUUUCAAAAGCUUUAAAAUAUAUGGGCCAUGUACAGUAUGUAUGUUUGAGAGUAUGUUAUAUCCUUCUGUAAGGUAUCAACUGAACUACCUUAUUGAAAGUCAAAUGUUCUAGCUAUCUUUUACUGUAUAUUCAUAUGUACCAGUACAGUUCAUAUACAUGCAUCGUUAGUUCUGUUUCUACAUCGAAUCCAAGCAGCUUUGCUAUGAAACACAGUCCACCGUCAUGUGCAUUUUUUCUCAAUAGCAACAUUUGCAGGUUAAUACAGACCAUUUUGUUGCAUGCCUACGGCAACAAGAAGUGGCAUUUUGCCAAAUUGGCUGUAAAACUGUUUCACUCUUAUUACAUUUCGAUUGGGGCCAAGUGAUACCAGUAAUUUGGAAAGUGCUGUGAUAAUUGUAAGCCACGAUUGUGAUCAGAUACACCUACAUGUGUUUCUUUCCAUUGUGAUGACAUGUGCUACAACAGUCCGUGUUGUUCCCAGCUUCUUUGUAGAUGCAACUGUCUGUUUUUUCUAAAUAAACGCUCAGCCUUCAGACUGAA